AUGUCUCUGAAGGCCAUCCAGAAAAGCAUACAGUCGUAUAGCAACAUCAACAAAAUCACUUCGUCCCUGAAACUCGUGUCAGCUGCCAAACUAGCAAAGACCGAGCGUCUGCUGAAGGACGUACGUCCAUUCGGCUAUGGUACGCUAUCGUUUUACAAACAUUACACACACAUUAACAUGCUCGAUCACAUUGAAAACCAUCUCAUAUUUGCCAUUACGUCUGAUCGAGGUCUAUGUGGUGGCAUACAUACGGCUAUCGUGAAAAAAGUUAAACAAGAGCUAGAUAGGCCUGAUCAAAAACUUGCAAAAGUCGUGUGUGUUGGUCAAAAAUCAGAGGAACUAUUAGCUAAAUCGCAUAAAUCUAACAUUUUAUUUACAGUUUUCAAAAUAGGGAAGGAUAAUCCCACAUUUCUGGAGGCUUCGAAAAUAUUCAAUGAAUGUAAUUACGCCGAAUUUAUUGCUUGUCAAAUAUUUUACAAUCGAAUCGUUACUAAAGGCACGUCGCAGGUUGACUGGAUCUCAAUUUAUAACACAGAUUUCCUUCUCACAGUAGCUCAUAUCGCUAGUUUAGAAGAAGUAGAAGAAGAAAAUAUGAGAAGCUACAUUGAAUUUUCUACUGUUUCACUUUUGUUUUUUGCCAUGGUAGAAAACACCUUGUGUGAACAUUCCGCUCGUAUGAUAGCUAUGGAUGCUGCAUCUAAAAAUGUUAAGUCGUUGAAUGAAAAAUUAACCUUGGAGUAUAAUCGCAAAAGACAAUUUAAAAUCACGUCAGAUCUUAUUGAUAUUGUUUCUGGAAGUCAAGUUGUAACUGGAAAAUAG